AUGUCAUCGGCUGAGGCAUCGACAUCACUCGAGCCCUCGACGACUCCUCUCGAGGACCCCUUGACUGCGUCGACUGUUCCAUCCCCGGCACUUCGCCCAGCGUCUUCCAAGGACCUUCCGCCUCCUCAUGACCCACUCGCCGCUCUCUGGCACGAGGCCAUCGCGAGGUACAAGAACGACACCGGUAUCGAUCUUUGCGCGGAAGGCGGUGUCCGCCUCGAGUCGGGUACUGCGAUCCAGCGCUUCCUUGACGAGAAUCAAGAAAAGUUCGACUCCUUCCACGACGGCGGCGCUGCACGCCUUCGCCGAGCACUCACGCCAGUCGUCACAGCCUUUGGACCACUGUGUGCGAUCGCCGGCGAAGGAGUUGGCCUGGUGUUCGAGCCCGGCAAAAUAGUAUUCUCUGCGGUCGGCGAGCUAUGCAAGGCUGCCGUAGAGGUCGGCGAAGAGCUGGACGCAAUCUCGGACGCCUUCGACACCAUGGCGCACCACCUUCGCAUACUCAAACCGGUGGCCGCGCGGGAUGUGCUGAAGGACGAUGCUUUGCGAGAAGCGUGCGUAAAGCUGCUCUCUCAAAUCCUGGUCGUCCUCGGCGUGAUACAGAAGGUUCGCAAACAAGGUCGACUCGUGCUAUGGCUCAAGAAGCUCGCUAAGUCCACGGAGGUGACCUCCGCUUUAGCGGACCUCAGUCGGCUGGCGAGCCACCAUCAUGAGACUGUGACUGCGGUGACGCUGUAUACAGCGAAAGAGACUAUGGCCCUCCUGACGGAGAGCGAAGCUUGGAAUAAAGAAGUGCAAGGGGUAACUCGGGCGUCCCUCGCUAAGAUUACCAAGGUUGCGCAAGAUAUCUACGCCAUGCUACGUGAGAACACCGCCUUGUCUCAGGAUGAGCGCAACGCGAAUCGAAUAAUGCUGGAGAAUAUACAAGUCAUGUUCCUCCAGCAGGUCAACGAGAUCAGCAUCGAUAGGAAGACUGCUGAUCUCGAGAAGAUAUAUAGUUGGCUCCAGUACCCGGAGUCCUCGUUCAAGAUGAACAACCUUCUUGACAACCGUGCAUCAUCGACCGGGUCGUGGUUCCUCGACGGCGAUGAAUUUGCAGCAUUCAAGAAGGGUAUGAACAGGUCGUUGUGGCUGCAUGGAAUAGCGACCGACACUGAGGGUAAUUUAGAGCUGCAGCCGUUCGGGACCUGCAAGCGGAGGCCGCGUCCGGAGCCGCUUCCCUGGUUCUGACUCAUCUCUUCGAUACAACGGGCUCCAUUUCACGUGAUCUACGCGCGCUGCUCUCUUCCUUGCUUUGCCAGCUCGCAUACCACAUAACCGAAUGCGCGACCCAGUUGCACAAGCUGCGCGUCAGGUCUUCGGUCGGCUACGCUCAGAUAUCUCUCGAGGCGAUGCGGCAUGCUUUGGACGUUGCCCUCAAAGCUACAGAUUUGCAUGUGUUCAUCAUCGUGGAUGCGCUGGACGAGGCCGAUGACCCUGCCAUCAUUCCAUUUCUCUCUCAGCUGCUCGAUCACAGCAACGUAUCACUGAUGGUGUCAAGUAGGUACGAAGUUACCUUUCG